GCUGGAAAGUCGGUGCUGGCAAACUUUGUGUCGGAGAGCACCGAAGGGAUCGGCAGGGGCAGCCCGACGCAGGGGGUCAGGAUCCUGGAGUAUGAGAAGCCAAACCUGAACGGUGGCAGCAAGGGAACUGGGUGCCGGUUCGAGCUGUGGGACUGCAGUGGUGAUCAAAAGUUUGAGACAUGCUGGCCAGCUCUGAUGAAAGACUCUCAUGGUGUAAUAAUAAUCUUCAACCCUGAGCUGCCUAGUCACCUGAAAGAGAUUGAAACCUGGUACUCCUGCUUUGUGCAGCAGCAGCCACUGCUUGACAGUCAGUGUCUCCUGGUGGCACAUCACAAGCCAGGCAGUGCAGGGGACACAGAAAACCUGUCCUUGGCUUACCCACUGAACAAGUUAAAACUAAUACAUUCCAACUUAGAGGAAGAUCCUGAAGAUGUGCGGAUGGAAUUCAUGAAGUACUUCAAAAGCAUCAUCACCUUCAUCAAUGAGAGCAGAGAGAGGGAAGAAAUGUCAAUUAUUUCAUAACAUUAAAAAAUACUGAACAGGGCAGAAGAAGGAUUUUUUUCCCUCAGUAAGAUAUACUCACAGUGAGAAUUUUCCAGCCUAUAAACACUUCAGCCUAUAAAG